AUGUCGUUCGCCAUCCCCCAGCCGCCAUCGGCGUCGUCGGAUUCCGGCUCCUCGGCCUCGCUCACUCCCACUGCAAACGGUCACACGCUCGGCGCUUCCUCGUCGUCCGGCGCUCCAUCAGCCUCAUCUUCCCUCUUCAGCUCGGAAGAGUCCAAAUUCAUCACAGAUUCGCUCUCAUCCGCCGAGUCCUUCGACCCCUUCACCAUCGGUGCGCCAGGCUUCAAGGUGCCCUCCCUGCUGCCCCCCAACAUCGCAGCCACACACGACCACCUCGCAUCGCAGUCCUCGUCGUCGGCCAACAUGCUCGCACACAACGCCCUCGUCGAACCUGGCACCGCGCUCGACAUGCGAACACGCAGUCUCUCGGGCCACAAUUCGCACGCCAUGGCCUUCACCUCGUCGGCACCAGGCCAGCACGACCCGUCCAGCAGCGCACAGAGACUCAACAGCUUCAACCUCUACGGCCAUCGUCCUGGUGGAGCGACGCCACCGGGCAACUCUCCCUUUCCGGGCGCACACAUCCACGAGAGUUACUCCCAGGCACAUCCAGCCGGCCGUCACGCUUCCUUCUCGGCCGCCACCGGUCCUCUCUCCCCCGCAGCCGCGGCAGCAGGAUACGGCAAGAACAAGGCGUGGCAGAUGGAACAGCUCUCCUUCCUCGAAGCACAGGCAAGCCGUGGACAACAACAUUCCGCAGCGCAUCCUCUCCACGCAGCACUCAACGAGCAUCAGAGACGCGCCAGCGCCUCGGCCAUCUUUACCGGGCCGUACGAUAACCUCUUCUUUCAGACGCCAGCGCAUCUGCAGGCGCAACAGCAACAUCAUUUGCAACAACAACAGCAACAGCAGCAGCAGCAGCAAUUGGCGCAGCAGCAUAACCGUGCUCCCUUCUAUCCGGGAGCUGACGACGGACACGCUGGGCUGGCUAUGCUCGGCGCACAGUUCCCCAGCAGCCACAACUUUGGCUCGCUCCAGCAGGGCGCGCAAGCGGCGCGGCAGCACGACAUGCGCAAUGCGGCGGUGGGCGGCAUGUCCAACGGCUUCUCCGCACAGGCCCUCGCCAUGUUCAACCGAGAUGCGGGCCUGGGUGCUGCAUCGUUGCUAGGUGGCGCAGAGCCAGACGAGCAGGAUGCAGGAGAGGGCAGCUCGACUCCCAAGGGCAGGGCGUCGCGAGCAUCUGGUCAUGAAACGGGCUCGGCCAAGCCGUCUCAGCGCGGCGCAUCGGCCGGAUGGGCGGCGCCGGCGGCAUCGUCUGCAUCCCCCUCGGGAUCGACAGGCGCUCUGGGCCUCAAGCGCACGUCGUCAGGCGCACCCAAAACGGCGCCCACACAGGGACUGUCGCUCAAUGCCGGUCCGUCCGGUGCGGUGAUCCGUGCGCUUGCCGACCUGGCCAACCUGGAUCUGGACCUCGAGGGCGCGCUGCGCAUGCUUCCUUCGAACCUGCAUGCGCACUUUACGCCGCCGCGGCUGGAGAAGCGCACGCAGCCGCAUCUGGACAUGCUUCGGCAGCAGCACAUCGAGAACGGCCUCAUCGACGCGAGCACAGGCCUCGAGAUCAAGCCCGAGCCGACGGCGGAGGAUCUGGAGCGCGAGGCGGAGGAGGCGGAGAAGGAGAAGAAGCAGCAUACGCUGCUCACCACCGAAGAAAAGAAGGCGAACCACAUUGCGUCGGAGCAGAAGCGUCGUGCGAAUAUCCGCAAGGGCUACGAGCUGCUGUGUGAUAUUGUGCCGUCGCUCAGGGAGGCGCUCGAGCGCGAGGCGAGCACCAAGACCAAGCGCGACGACGACAGCUCCGACGGCAGCGACGACGAGGAUGACAAGAAGGGCAAGGGCGCGGGCAAGAAGAAGAAGCCCGCGGGAGCGGGCAAGAAGGGCGAAGCCGAGGGCGGGAUUGAGAUCGACGGCGAAAAGAUCGACGGACGUGCGGGACCCAGGUCGGAAGCGGUGGUUCUGAUGAAGAGCUUGGACCAUAUGGGUGCGCUUGUGGAGCAGUAUAGGGGAUUGAUGGGUAGGAGAAACCGCGCGCGUCUGGCAGUCGCAAAGAAGUUCGGCUGGAACGCGCUGGCCAACCAGCCGGUGCCGGAUAUUGAUAGGUUGCUGGCGAUCAAGGUGCAAGACUGGUACACGGCGCACGGCGAUGAAGAUCAAGACGACGAUAUGCUCGACGACCACCUUGACGGCGACGACGAGGAGGCAGAGGUUGAAGAGGAGCCCGAAGCUGGGCGGAAAAAGUCACCCACAAAGACGCCGAAAAAGUCGCAACAGCCACGAAGCAGCAAGAAGAAGACCAUGGAUGUAGGCAUGCAGGAUUAG